GAGGAGUUACCUUUGGAUCCCGAAAGGAGGAAGGAAGAAAAUAUCAACAACAGCCGCGGCGGCUCCGGCGCUCGCCCCGGUCCCCGCCCGCCCGCGCCCGCCCCGCGCCCACCACGGGGGCUCCGGCCCCCCGGCGCCGCCCAGGGCCUGGCCGACGCGCCCCGCUCCUGCUGCCGCGCUCGGGGCGAAGGCGGCCCGCGCCUGCCGCGACACCCCAAGCCCAGCGGGGCCGGAGGCUGAUCAGAGGAGCUCUGCAGACCAUGAACUGACCGCCAGUGCCAGACUAUUCAUGAGUACAGUGUAACGGUGUUCCCAGACCACCGCCCAUUGACUCCCCGUCCCUCAGCACCGAGGACCUCUGGAGAAAAUGGGGAGGAAAAAGAUUCAGAUCCAGCGGAUCACUGAUGAACGGAACCGGCAGGUGACGUUCACCAAGCGGAAGUUCGGGCUGAUGAAGAAGGCCUAUGAGCUGAGCGUGCUGUGUGACUGUGAGAUCGCGCUCAUCAUCUUCAACCACUCCAACAAGCUCUUCCAGUACGCCAGCACUGACAUGGAUAAGGUGCUGCUCAAGUACACUGAGUACAACGAGCCACACGAGAGCCGCACCAAUGCCGACAUCAUCGAGGCGCUGCACAAGAAGCACAGGGAAUGUGAGAGCCCCGAGGUGGACGAGGUGUUUACCCUGACCCCCCAGACGGAGGAGAAAUAUAAAAAGAUAGACGAGGAGUUUGAUAAAAUGAUGCAGAGUUAUAGACUGGCCUCAGCUGUCCCGGCCCCCAAUUUUGCCAUGCCUGUCACCGUGCCUGCAUCCAACCAGAGCUCACUGCAGUUCAGCAACCCCAGCGGCUCCUUGGUCACACCCUCCCUGGUGACAUCAUCCCUAACAGACCCGAGACUCCUGUCCCCUCAGCAGCCAGCACUACAGAGGAACAGUGUGUCCCCCGGGCUGCCCCAGAGGCCAGCGAGCGCAGGGGCCAUGCUGGGAGGAGACCUCAACAGUGCUAAUGGAGCCUGCCCCAGCCCUGUGGGGAAUGGCUACGUCAGUGCCCGGGCUUCUCCUGGCCUCCUCCCUGUGGCCAAUGGCAACAGCCUCAACAAGGUCAUCCCUGCCAAGUCUCCACCCCCACCUACCCAUAGUGCCCAGCUCGGAGCCCCCAGCCGCAAGCCAGACCUGAGGGUCAUCACCUCUCAGGGAGGGAAGGGGCUAAUGCACCAUUUGACUGAGGACCACAUAGACCUGAACAAUGCCCAGCGCCUAGGGGUCUCCCAGUCCACCCACUCUCUCACCACCCCAGUGGUCUCCGUGGCAACACCGAGCUUACUCAGCCAGGGCCUCCCCUUCUCUUCCAUGCCCACUGCCUACAAUACAGAUUACCAGCUGACCAGUGCGGAGCUCUCAUCCUUGCCCGCCUUCAGUUCUCCUGGGGGGCUGUCGCUUGGCAACGUCACCGCCUGGCAACAGCCACAACAGCCCCAGCCCCCGCCACCACAGCCCCCGCAGCCCCAACAGCAGCAGCCACAGCCGCCCCAGCAGCCACCACAGCCACCUCAGCAGCAGCCCCACCUGGUCCCUGUGUCUCUCAGCAACCUAAUCCCAGGCAGCCCUCUGCCCCACGUGGGCGCUGCUCUCACAGUCACCACCCACCCCCACAUCAGCAUCAAGUCGGAGCCAGUGUCCCCCAGCCGUGAGCGCAGCCCUGCACCUCCCCCGCCCUCCGCUGUGUUCCCAGCUGCCAGGCCUGAGCCUGGGGACGGCCUCAGCAGCCCAGCCAGCAGCUCCUAUGACACAGCAGCGGGGGAUCGUGACGAUGGCCGGGGGGACUUCGGGCCCACACUGGGUCUGCUGCGCCCAGCACCUGAGCCCGAGGCUGAGGGCUCGGCUGUGAAGAGGAUGCGGCUGGAUACCUGGACAUUAAAGUGAUGAUUCGAUCCCCACUCCCCUUCUCUCAGCCUCCCCGAGGAAGAGUUGACAAUCUCACCGCCCCCUCCCUGUCCUGGGCUCCUCCCGCUCGAGACCCUCUCCCCACCUCCUUUCUCAUGCUCCGUGUCCCACUGACGGUUACAUUUGUGUAUAAUUAUUAUUAUUAUUAUUAUUAUAUUAUAUUUUUUAAUUUGGAUUCUUGCUUUUGGAGAGAGGGACGCUCCCAUCCUCCCCCUUCCUGCACCCUCCCCGCCAUUUUCUCUGGCCAUGGGGGGCCCUUUUUUUGCGGGAAGGGGGGACACUUUGCACGUUGUACACAUAUGCUGCAGGAGGGGGUGGGGGGCCCACCAGGCCUUGGGGAAGGACAGGUGCCUGCCGAGCCCUGCAUGCGGAGCCCUCCCCCCUCCCCGCCCCAUCCCCCAGGAAAUAACCAAAAAUCUACCAAACGACAUAAACCCCUUCCCACAGGCCUCGGCCCCCAAGUCAGCUUCAUAGUGGGUUUGUGUUCUGGGGUGAAAGUGAGGCCCAGGCUUUGGAGGGGCCUCUGUUGCCGGCCUGGUCUGUAACCAGAGGCACUGGGGGAGGGGCAGCUUGGAGCACCCCAGCCUGGCUGCCUGGGAUCCUAGGGAUGGGGGCUAACCCCUGAAGCACAUGCAGAGAGAGACAGAGCCAUGAGAAGAGGGCUGAGGAGGCCAAGGGUGAGGCAUGACGACCCCUCCCUUCCCCAGUUUUCUUGAAGAAAAAUAGUGCAAUAGCUCCCUGCUCCCUCCAGUUCUGCAAAGCUGGCCCUGGGGGUGGGGUGGGGGGGUAACAGGUGCAGGGAAGACAGGGGAGAGAACCCCCCCCAGGGCUGAGGACCCUUUCUCCCUCCCCCCUGCACGCGCACACCCCCAAAGUGGUCCUGGAUGGGAUGAGGUGCAGAGAGGAUGGGUGGAGGAGGGCUGCAGAAGGCUGCUCCCUUCCUGGUCCUCUGGCCCCUCUCCCUAGCCCCACUUCUGAUCCUGCCCCCACCUCCCUGCUCUUGGCACCCCCAUUGUCUUGCUACCUCCUGCACCCGCACCCCCACCCCCACUCCAGGCCACCUCCCACCUUCCCUCUUGGCUACUGUAAUUGUAUAUAGCAACCUUUGGGGGAAAAAAAAAGUUAGCAGUGUAACAGUCCAGGAAACUGUUUUUUUUUUUCCUUUUGUUGUUGUUGUUGUUGUAUUGAUAUGAAAUGAGAUUCUAUUUUUGUCAAAGUAUAUUGUAAUAAUAAUGACUCAAACGGCCCGUACUGUACAGAUGAGAUUCUUCUGCUGAUGUCCUUGCCCCCUCCCCUCCUAACCCCUCUCCUGAGUCUGCCCUGCUCUGCUGCCUCUCCCCACCCCCACCCCCCACCCCCGGGAGGCUGAGACUGCAGGAGCCUGAGUCUCUAGACCUGGGACAGGAUGGCAGAUCAAAUUGGAGGGGGCAGGCCCCCCACCACCACCCGACACUCUUCUUUCCCACCACCACCCCCUUCCCCCACCUGGAGUAACAGAUGCAGGCAGCUGAAUCUGCCCCCCUCCCCCUUCACAGAAGCCCAGCUCCUCCGCCUAUGGGGAGCAGUGCUCCCUCGCGGUCCCCUCCAGGUGGCAAAGCAGACAAGGCCCAGACUUGCGGUGGGUGGCCAUGCUGGCCCACCUCCGUGACCCAGCCACUUGCCUACAGGUUGACACAGGGAAGAUACCAGGAGUGGGAGGAGUGUGCCUGCACGUGUGCCAGAACAUGUCCCUGAGACCUAGUGUCUGAUGUGCACGUGUCCUGGGGCAUUUUUGUAUCUGUGUGAAUGUGUGCACCUCUGAGUCCACCCAGGCAUGUCAGAGAAUCAUGGUGUGUCCUCUUAGGGUAUCUGUGUGCAUGCACACCUGUGCCCGGGGCUGGGUGUGUCAGAGUAUGGGUGGCUGCUGUGGCCCUGUGGCCCUGGCCUCUAGCUCCACAGCCUCCUUCCCAACACAUCUCCCCUCCUUCCUACCUGCAACCCCAGCUGGAUGUCUUCUGCAGUUAGAUGGCUCUAGGAACUGACCCCCUUCCCCUCAAGGGUCCUGCCACCCUACCCCUUUUCCUCAUGAACCUCUCCUGCCCACCUUGGCCCCUCUGGAUGGAACCAAGUUCCUACUUCUCCUGAAGGUCUGUGCCCACAGGGCCCAUAGCACACCCAGCCCUCCUAGCUCUCUGGCAGGUUCCCAGAGGAUCCAAGAGUCCCCAAGACUUGCUCAGGGCUGUGACGGAAGCCAGGGCAUGGAGCCUCACCCAGCAAAUGGCAGGACAUGACAAAUGUUCCCCUGAUGCUGAGGGACCGGCCUCCCCUUCUCAGGCUCUUCCCACCGCCGUCAGUGGGCCCGUCUAGGCUGGGCCAGGUCACCUUUCCGCACGGGGUGGGGGUGAGGGCCCCCACAGCCCAUGGUGCAAUAUUCACCAGUUUUGCCCUCUGCCUUGUACUGGCAAACCUGACUUUUGAUUACCAUGUGUGGGUGUGUGCGUGUAUGAAUGAGUGUGUGUUGUCCUUUUUUCUUGAUCCCUGGGGGCAAAGGAGGGGUUGUCUGUGGGUGAGUGAGUGACGUUCCCGCAGUUGAGUGACCCAAGGUUUCUCUUGGGGGGUAGGGGCUCCUGGCUGGCCAGACAAUGUGGGUCCCUGGGAACCCAGACUUCAAGUGGGGAUUUCAUUUCUUCUUCCUUCUCACAAGCCAAAUUUGCCUCCACCCACUCCUUCCUCCCAAGAACUGGGCACUUGCCAAAGUAAUCACUGGAGUCAUCCAGCGCCCCUCCCCUCCCCUCCCCUCCCCAGGUUUCCCACAGCCUUCAGGAAUGGUGGGCAGACAGCCCCCCCACCCCCACCCCAGUGGAGCACACCAUCUUCCCAACAAGGCUCUCAGUGCGUGAGGUUGACCCUUGAUCCUUGGCUGGCCCUCCCCACUUUGGACAGGAAGGAAGUAAUGCACCUUCUGUUGCUGAUUAUUUAUUUGUUUUGAGAGACAAACGAUGUAAAAGUGUAUCUAGAAAUAAUCUAUAUCUAUAUAUUUUUAACCGGCUCUUUGGAAUCCCCUGAGGCAGGGUGGGGUGGGGGUGAGUUCAGGCUUUCACAGAGGGGAGGUGAUGAAGAGCCUGGGAACUUGUCCUCCCCACCCCCAUCCCUAAAGCAAUUGGUAGAAGAAAUGGGGUUUGUAUGGGGGAGGGGGGCUGGAAUGUGAUUUGGAGACUCUGGAUUCUCUCUUGUCUCCCCCAGUCAAGUCCCAUACUGGGGGGAAAGAGGGAGGGGACAGGCCACAGAGGUGCCCCACCCCCAAACCCGACAAUCACCCACACUCCGGGGCUCCUCCUUGGUCCUGGGUAGGGCGAGUCCAAGUGUGUGGCUGUUGGUUUGUUUUUCGAUAUUUCUUUUCGUGCUGUAUGGUGAUGCUUUCUUAGUAUUCUACACAAUAAGAACAGGCAGAGUCCUCAAGAUUCUUAUGAGUUUUGUUUGAAAACUCUUUCACUAUAUUUGUUGUAAAGAGGUUUACUAUUAAAAGAGAAAAAGAA